UUUUAUAAGAAGUCGGGGGAUACACUGAAGAUGUUUCAGUAUUCAACAGACUCUCUGUAGGAUCGAACUCCGUCCUCAUCAUCUUCUGCCUUCUUCAGAACGGCUGCUAGGACUAGAGAGAGGUUCAUCACCCCGUGUGGGAAGCAUGAGGAGAAUACUGUGCUGAUUGUUCGGUCAAGAGAGAGAUAGACGGGAACCGACGUAAUGAAAGCGGCGGCCCACGUGGUUCUGUGCUACGCGCUGGUAGCGGCGACGCUGUCGUGUGGAAGCGCCGCGCGAGCAAAGCGACAACGACACACGCCUAGCGACGACAAGCAGGUUAUCGUGAACAUAGAGAAUGAAGACAAGACUCAGUAUCUGGAGCAGAAUUUCAACACAAGUUCUUACGAGUUUGGUUACGAAGUUGGCCCAGACGGGCAGUUCCACCAUGAAAGCCGGGGCCCUGACGGCGUAGUGUACGGCUGCUAUGGGUACAUAGACCCCAACGGUACGCCGCGGGCCACGUUCUACGUGUCUGACGGCUGGGGUUACCGCGUAGUGAAGCGUGGGGAGCCCGUUGAGAUUUUCCUUCAUCCACACAACCCCCAGGAUCUUGAGGGUGGCGGCGGUGGCGGUGAGGGUGACGGGGACGCUUCACAUCAUCACCAGCAUCACGGCGUCGUGACCGCAUGGAAGGACCUGUACUUCCCUAAGGGCUGUGGCGGCCCAGGACCAGGAAUAGGUGCGGCCAGUGGACCUGGCGGCGUUAUUGGUGGUUACCCGGGAUCACCCGGAACACCAGGUUCUCCGGGAUCACCAGGAACUCCUGGAACACCAGGUACUCCAGGUUACCCUGGCUCUGGAGCACAUCCAGGAGUAGGUGGACAGCCAGGAUCAGGAGGACAGCCAGGAUCUGGAGGAUAUCCAGGAUCAGGAGGACAGCCAGGACCUGGAGGAUAUCCAGGAGUAGGGGGACAGCCAGGAUCAGGAGGACAGCCAGGAUCUGGAGGAUAUCCAGGAUCAGGAGGACAGCCAGGACCUGGAGGAUAUCCAGGAGUAGGGGGACAGCCAGGAUCAGGAGGACAGCCAGGAUCUGGAGGAUAUCCAGGAUCAGGAGGACAGCCAGGACCUGGAGGAUAUCCAGGAGUAGGGGGACAGCCAGGAUCUGGAGGAUAUCCAGGAUCAGGGGGACAGCCAGGAUCAGGAUAUCCAGGAGCAGGGGGACAACCAGGAUUAGGAGGACAGCCAGGAUCAGGUGGACAGCCAGGAUCAGGAGGAUAUCCAGGAGCAGGGGGACAACCAGGAUCAGGAGGACAGCCAGGAUCAGGCGGACAGCCAGGAUCAGGAGGACAGCCAGGAGCAGGGGGACAGCCUGGAUCAGGCGGACAGCCAGGAUCAGGGGGAUAUCCAGGAGCAGGGGGACAACCAGGAUCAGGCGGACAGCCAGGAUCAGGUGGAUAUCCAGGAACACCAGGGAGCGGAAAUUAUCCAGGCAGUGGCGGAUAUCCUACAGGACCGGGAUUACCAGGAAGACCAGGAACUCCAGGCACUCCAGGAACACCAGGUACACCAGGUUCUCCGGGAGGCCCAGGUGGUCCAGGAGGCCCCGGAGGACCAGGAGGCCCUGCUUACCCAGGAGGAUACCCAGUAGGGCAACCGGGAAGGCCAACAGGUGCAGGAGGACAACCAAUUAGACCAGGAAUACCAGGUUCACCAGGCACACCAGGUUCUCCUGGAGGCCCAGGAGGCCCGGGAGGUCCCGGAGGACCAGGAGGCCCUGCAUACCCAGGAGCAUACCCAGUAGGGCAACCGGGAAGGCCAACAGGUGCAGGAGGACAACCAAUUAGACCAGGAAUACCAGGUUCACCAGGCACACCAGGUUCUCCGGGAGGCCCAGGAGGCCCGGGAAGUCCCGGGGGACCAGGAGGCCCUGCAUACCCAGUAGGUCAACCAGGACUCCCAACAGGUCCAGGAGGGCAACCAAUUAGACCAGGAUUACCAGGAACACCAGGUUCUCCGGGAGGUCCAGGUGGUCCGGGAGGUCCAGGUGGUCCGGGUGGUCCUGGGGGACCAGGAGGCCCUUCAUAUCCAGGAGGAUAUCCAGUAGGGCAACCGGGACGGCCAACAGCUCCAGGAGGACAACCAAUUAGACCAGGAAUACCAGGUUCACCAGGCACACCAGGUUCUCCGGGAAGCCCAGGAGGUCCAGGAGGUCCCGGGGGACCAGGAGGCCCUGUAUACCCAGGAGGAUAUCCAGUAGGGCAACCGGGACUACCAACAGGUUCAGGAGGACAACCAAUUAGACCAGGAAUACCAGGUUCACCAGGCACACCAGGUUCUCCGGGAAGCCCAGGAGGUCCAGGAGGUCCCGGGGGACCAGGAGGCCCUGUAUACCCAGGAGGAUAUCCAGUAGGGCUACCGGGACGGCCAACAGGUCCAGGAGAACAACCAAUUAGACCAGGUUCUCCAGGAGGCCCGGGUGGUCCGGGAGGUCCCGGGGGACCAGGAGGUCCUGAAUACCCAAGCGGAUAUCCAGGAGGAUACCCUGUUACUCCAGGAAGUCCAGGUACACCAGGAACAGCAGGCACUCCAGGAACACCUGGAUCACCAGGAACUCCAGGAUCACCAGGCUCGCCAGGGUAUCCAGGACAGCCAGUGCAACCGGGUGGGUCUGGAUACCCUGGAUAUCCAGGAAGUUCGGGAUACCCAGGGCAACCCGGUCAGCCAGGGCUGCCUGGAAGCACAGGUAAACCCGGAGAAGCAGGAUACCCAGGGCAGCCAGGACAACCGGGCAAACCUGGGCAACCAGGACAGCCGGGUCAACCAGGAUAUCCAGGCCAACCUGGUCAACCAGGAUAUCCAGGCCAAACUGGACAGCCAGGACAGCCAGGUCAACCACUAUAUCCGGGUCAACCUGGACAACCAGGAUAUCCAGGUCAACCUGGACAGCCAGGACAGCCAGGAUAUCCAGGCCAAAUUGGACAGCCAGGUCAACCAGGAUAUCCAGGCCAAACUGGACAGCCAGGACAGCCGGGACAACCAGGAUAUCCAGGCCAAACAGGACAGCCAGGUUACCCUGGUCAACCGGGACUGCCAGGACAACAAGGACAACCUGGUCAACCGGGACUACCAGGACAACCAGGUCAACCUGGUCAACCAGGACUGCCAGGACAACCAGGAAAACCUGGUCAACCGGGUCUGCCAGGUCAAGCAGGACAGCCUGGUCAACCCGGACUACCAGGACAACCAGGUCAACCCGGAUUGCCAGGACAGCCUGGUCAGCCCGGACUGCCAGGACAACCAGGACAGCCUGGUCAACCGGGACUGCCAGGACAACCAGGUCAACCUGGCCAGCCAGGACUGCCAGGACAACCAGGACAGCCUGUUAAACCGGGAAUUCCAGGACAGCCUGGUCAACCGGGACUGCCAGGACAACCUGGUCAAUCCGGAUUGCCAGGGAAACCAGGACAACCAGGUCAACCCGGACUGCCAGGGCAACCAGGACAACCAGGUCAACCCGGACUGCCAGGGCAACCAGGUCAACCCGUACUGCCAGGACAACCAGGACAGCCUGGGCAACCCGGACUGCCAGGCCAACCAGGACAACCGGGUCAACCCGGACUGCCAGGGCAACCAGGACAACCAGGCCAACCCGGACUGCCUGGGCAACCAGGUCAACCCUUACUGCCAGGACAACCAGGACAGCCUGCACAACCCGGAUUGCCAGGACAACCUGGUCAACCCGGUCUGCCAGGGCAACCAGGACAACCAGGUCAACCCGGACUGCCUGGGCAACCAGGACAACCAGGGCAACCAGGUCAACCCGUACUGCCAGGACAACCAGGACAGCCUGGACAACCCGGAUUGCCAGGACAACCAGGACAACCUGGUCAACCCGGUCUGCCAGGGCAACCAGGACAACCAGGUCAACCCGCAAUACCUGCGCAACCAGGACAACCAGGUCAACCCGUACUCCCAGGACAACCAGGGCAACCCGGACUGCCUGGGCAAUCAGGACAACCAGGUCAACCCGUACUCCCAGGACAACCAGGGCAACCCGGACUGCCAGGCCAACCAGGACAACCAGGUCAACCCGCACUGCCUGGGCAACCAGGACAACCAGGUCAACCCGGACUGCCAGGACAACCAGGCCAACCCGGACUUCCAGGCCAACCAGGACAACCCGGACUGCCUGGGCAACCAGGACAACCAGGACAGCCUGGCCAGCCCGGACUGCCAGGAGAACCAGGUCAACCCGGACUACCAGGACAACCAGGUAAACCCGGACAACCAGGACUACCAGGACAACCAGGACAGCCUGGGCAAACCGGACUGCCAGGACAACCAGGUCAACCCGGACUGCCAGGACAACCAGGACAACCAGGUCAACCCGGACUGCCUGGGCAACCAGGACAACCAGGUCAACCCGGACUGCCUGGGCAACCAGGACAACCAGGUCAACCCGGACUGCCUGGGCAACCAGGACAACCAGGUCAACCCGGACUGCCUGGGCAACCAGGUCAACCUGUACUGCCAGGAAAACCAGGACAACCUGGGCAACCCGGACUGCCAGGACAACCAGGUCAACCCGGACUGCCAGGGCAACCAGGACAACCAGGUCAACUCGCACUGCCUGGGCAACCAGGACAACCAGGUCAACCCGUACUACCUGGGCAACCAGUUCAACCCGUACUCCCAGGACAACCAGGGCAACCCGGACUGCCAGGACAACCAGGACAACCUGGUCAACCCGGACUGCCAGGGCAACCAGGACAACCAGGUCAACCCGGACUGCCUGGGCAACCAGGACAACCCGGAUUGCCUGGGCAACCAGGACAACCGGGACAGCCUGGCCAGCCCGGACUGCCAGGAGAACCAGGUCAACCCGGACUACCAGGACAACCAGGUAAACCCGGACAACCAGGACAACCAGGACAACCUGGUCAACCCGGAUUGCCAGGGCAACCAGGACAAGCAGGUCAACCCGGACUGCCUGGGCAACCAGGUCAACCAGUACUGCCAGGACAACCAGGACAGCCUGGGCAACCCGGACUGCCAGGACAACCAGGUCAACCCGGACUGCCAGGGCAACCAGGACAACCAGGUCAACCCGCACUGCCUGGGCAACCAGGACAACCAGGUCAACCCGUACUACCUGGGCAACCAGUUCAACCCGUACUCCCAGGACAACCAGGGCAACCCGGACUGCCAGGACAACCAGGACAACCUGGUCAACCCGGACUGCCAGGGCAACCAGGAAAACCAGGUCAACCCGGACUGCCUGGGCAACCAGGACAACCUGGCCAGCCCGGACUGCCAGGACAACCAGGUGAACCUGGACUACCUGGGCAACCAGGGCAACCAGGUCAACCCGGACUGCCAGGACAACCAGGACAGCCUGGUCAACCCGGACUGCCAGGGCAACCAAGUCAACCCGAACUGCCAGAACAACCAGGACAGCCCGGACAGCCGGUUUACAUCGUUCCCUACCCUCUACCUAUCGUCCCUAGUCCGGGUUCCUGCCCUUGCUAUCUGGUGUCUCCCAGUGAAAGCAACUCUACGAGCCCUGCCAUUACUUCGACACCCUCGUCUCCUCCCGCUUAUGGUGUCAUAGGUUUUAUUCCCGUUAUUUUCUACCCUUACUGCCCUGGUAAUACGUCGAGCCCACAAUCCCUGGGGCCCAUAUUCCCGUCCGCAGUACCGGUGCCAUACCCUUGUUCCAAAUGUGGGGGACCCUCAUCGGGGGGCAGUUUCGCUACGAGGUAUUCCAAAGCCUUGUCUGACGUGACCAGUUCUGACAGUUUCGCUCAGAUACUGAAGCAGGCGAACCUGCCUUAUGGCUCUGUUAUUAGAUCGCCACAUCGCAGACGGUCGGGUAAUAAUGGUUCCCGGUACAGGUACAGGGCGCGUACUGAUGGGUUCCAGUAACUGGCAAGUUCCAGCAGGCAUAAUUAUGUAACUCAGGUUGGGUUAGGGUGUCUGGUGGACUGAGCAAGGAUUUAUUUAUUAACUGUAACAGUGCAGUACAUAAUUAUUAUUUCAGUGACAGGGCAACAUUUUACUCCACAAGUAUGAAAAUGCUUACGUGACAACCUAAAGUAUAAGACGACAGGAUGAUAAAAGUUCUUGCAUAUCCGAUAACGGCAAGCAACUGUUUGUUUUUUUACAGACGGUCUUAAUUUGAGUGAAAUAUUCCAAAGUUCAAAGGGCUAACAUUUUAACUUUAAGUAGGAAGAUAUUCCAUCACGAAUAAUUCAUAUGUGCUGCACUUCUUGUGGCAGAAAGUGUUCUGAAAACGACGGUGUUCUUCAACUUAGUUGAACGCUGUUGCAUGGUGGAAACAGUAGCAGUUCCCAAUUACCAUGUUGAGGUCAGAUAAUGGUACAGCAUCACAUGCCCUAAUCCUCGCCUCUCUACUUUCUAGAUAUAGACAAAAACUUUUAAAGUUUUUAAGAGUUCACACAAGAAAAUAUACUGCGAACUUCUGAAGUAUGGAUCAUGUAGAAACAUUAUUGGUUUCAGAUAUUAUUUUUUCUGUAUUCAGAAGGAAGUUAAAAUGACUUUUAUGUGGUGUAAUAUUUAUACUUAUUGUGCAUGGAAUUUUGAAAUUCCAGUUGCUCUAAUAAAGCGUUGAGGUAACUUUUUUUUAUCUGAUAUAAUUUUCUAAUCUCCUGUGCUCUAGAAAUACAAAUGAAAUGGCGAGUGUGAAUAUCAGAAAUGUAUUUAAU